AAUGUGAUAGUCAUCGGGCGGGACCUCUCACUCACUCUCUUUCAAACUAUCUCGCUCUACUCUUCUCUCUAUUUCCUACUCAGGAUUCUUGUUAUAUUGUCUGGGCGUUUGAUGUACAAACAUACGAGCAAGAUACUGAUUCCGUCGUAAUUAUGUACGAUUUGUUCUUGAGCUUGUCUUCGCCGGCAUAUUAGAUCCGUUCAUUGUUCAGUUUUCCACUGUUCCAUUCACCUACGGCGGAAGCUGGGUUUUCAUCUUAUAUUCACUAAAUUAGGGUUCCGAAAUUCAAUUCGAUUAAGAUCGAGUGUUCUACUCGUGUUCCAGAGCUUAGGGAAUUUUUACUUCUACAAUGCAAAGCUCAUCGGGCUUUGCGGCACAGUCCGAGGCAAUUCUGGAAUGGCUUCAGAAGGAAAUGGGGUACAGGCCUCUCGGCCCGUACGCUUCUUCUACGAAGAUCUCGGUGCCCACCGCUGAGUCACUGCGCAAAAUUUGCCGCGGGAACAUGAUCCCCGUCUGGAGUUUCUUGUUAAAGAGGGUGAAGCCGGAUAAGACGGUGGAGAAUAUUAGGAGGAAUAUUCUCGUUCAUGGCGCUGAUGAUGGUGGUAAAGGGAGGAGAAAGGAGAAAUCGGGGAUGGGGAAGGAGGAAAGUUGCAGUAGUAGUAGUAGGGAGAUGGCAUUGCAGGAGAGGGAGUUGGCUGAGAAGGAAGUGGAAAGGUUGAGGCAGAUUGUGAGGCGGCAGCGGAAGGAGUUGAAAGCUAGGAUGAUUGAGGUGUCGAGGGAGGAGGCUGAACGCAAGCGCAUGCUUGAUGAGCGGUCAAAUUACAGGCAUAAGCAUGUGAUGUUGGAGACUUAUGAUCAACAGUGUGAUGAAGCAGCAAAAAUAUUUGCUGAGUACCAUAAACGCCUCCAGUGCUAUGUAAACCAAGCUAAGGAUGCUCAAAGAUCUAGUAUUAAUUCCUCAAUUGAAAUGGUGACCAGUUUCCAUGCAAAUAAUAAGGACGGUGGUAAAUCUGCAGAAGAUGUCAUUCUUAUUGAGACAACAAAGGAAAGAAAUGUUCGGAAAGUGUGUGAAUCUCUUGCACUGCAGAUGUCUGAAAAAAUUCGUAACACUUUCCCUGCUUAUGAAGGAAAUGGGAUCCACGGGAAUCCACAACUGGAAGAUUCAAAAUUAGGGAUUGAUUCCGACAGUGAUAUACCUACUGAGUUUAAAGAUGUGGUAGCAGAUUGUCUAAAAAGUCCCCAUCAGAUAUUGCAAGCAAUCAUUUCGUACACCCAAAGGUUGCAAACUCUGAUCACUAGGGAAAUAGAGAAGAUAGAUAUUAAAGCUGAUGCAGAAGCAUUAAGGUACAAGUAUGAGAAUAACACUGUAAUCGAGGCUUCUUCUCCUGACGUUAGCUCACCAUUGCAAUAUCAUCUUUGUGGUUAUGGGAAGCCAGGGGGUGAUACUCCUGCAAGAGGGACUGAGUAUCAACUUCUGGAGAGACAGAGAGCGCAUGUGCAACAAUUUUUGGCCACUGAAGAUGCACUCAACAAGGCCACAAAAGCUCGAAACAUGAGCCAGCUGCUUUUGAAACAUCUCCAUGGAAGUGGUGAUUCAGUUUCCUCGCUUUCACAUGUCACUUUAGGAGCUUCACAGAAUAUGAGCAGCCUCAUGCAACUUGAGUUAGAGGUUUGGGCCAAGGAACGAGAGGCUGCUGGAUUACGGGCUAGCUUGAAUACAUUGAUGUCGGAAGUACAUCGCUUGGAUAAAGAAUGUGCUGAGAGGAAGGAAGCAGAAAAUUCUUUAAGAAAGAAGUGGAAGAAGAUUGAAGUGUUUGAUGCUCGCCGAUCUGAGUUGGAAUCUGUCUACAAUGCACUACUCAAGGCAAACAUGCUGCCAUUAGCUGCGAGGGAGUAUGCAUCAAGCACUAUAAUUCCGGCAUGUAAUGUGGUGCUGGACUUAUCGAAUAAUGCAAAAGAUCUCAUUGACAAUGAAGUUUCAACCUUUUAUAGCACUCCUGAUAAUAGCCUUUACAUGCUUCCAUCAACUCCUCAGGGGCUCUUGGAGUCUAUGGGCGCGAAUGGUUCUACGGGACCUGAGGCAGUUGCUGCUGCUGAGAGGAAUGCAGCAGUGCUAACAGCUAGAGCUGGUGCCAGGGAUCCCUCUGCAGUUCCUUCUGUAUGUCGCAUUUCGACUGCCCUACAGUAUCCUGCUGGUUUGGAUGGUUCUGAUGCUGGUUUAUCAUCAGUGCUGGAGUCCAUGGACUUCUGUUUAGAGCUCCGUGGUUCUGAGGCUUGUGUAUUGGAAGACUUGGCAAAGGCAAUUAACUUGGUUCAUGUACGAAAUGAUCUUGUUGAGAGUGGUCAUGCUUUGUUAAAGCACGCUCAUCGUGCAUUGCAAGAAUAUGAUAGGACGACAAAUUAUUGCUUAAAUGUGGCAGCUGAACAAGAGAAAACUGUUGCCGAGAAGUGGUUACCUGAGUUGAGCAGUGCAGUUUUAAAUGCCCAUAAAUGUCUAGAAGACUGCAAAUAUGUUAGAGGCUUGCUUGAUGAAUGGUGGGAACAACCAGCAUCAAAUGUGGUUGAUUGGGUUGCUGUGGAUGGAGAAAAUGUUGCUACGUGGCAAAAUCACGUGAAACAGCUCCUGGCAUUUUAUGAUAAGUAACUACCACUGAGAUUGUCCCAUUGGAUAUAAA